AUCCCGGGCUGCAUGCAUCGUCUAUCUGGAUCAAUUCGAAACAUCGGAGAGAGAGUAGCAAAUAAACAACAAAGAGAUUGUUGAUUAUCCAAUUGGAUCGUUCAAGCAGGAUGAGCAACCGAACGUCGCACCUGACCGUCCUGCAAGUGCCCCGCCGCGGGGCCGUCGUUGUUGCCGGAGACGCGGCGGCGGCCGCGGACCCCUACGACGGACCGCAGCCGCAGACGGCCACCUGCUGCACGGCGCUGCAGCGUGGCGUGGCCCUCGACGGCCUGGCGCAGCCGCGGUACGCGCCGCUGCGGACGCUAGCGACCGUCGACGAUGACGACGGCGACGUCGAAGAGGACGAGGAUGGGAAUCCCAAGAACAGCGGCAAGGACAAGAAGGACGACCACGACGCCGCCACCGCUAUAAAAAGCGACGACAGCAGCAGGAGUGGUGGUAAGAAGAAGAUGGUGCGCAAGUGCAAGUCGACGGUGGAUGAACUGAAGGUGUCGCAGCUCAUCCAGGGCCCGCGGCUCCGGCGCAGCGUCGGCAUGCGCCGGGACUGGAGCUUCGAGGACCUCGGCAACGCCGCUUAGCAGCUAGCUAGCUCCGACAAGCUGGUACCACCGGCCCCACAUGCAUCCUGCGAAAUACUCCACUGUGUUACACUGCACCGUACCUUUAUUUGUACAUGCCGCUGCAAAAUAAUACCCUCCAAGAAUCUCACGCCGCGCUCGCAGUUAGUAACAUCUGCCUGAAAUUAAUUUGUACAUAUAUGUAUGUACAUUGUUGAUGCGCGUAUAUGUACCCUCUCGAAGAGAGUGCAAUUCUAGAAUAGUAGUGAAUUCAAAUUGUCA